AUGCUCGGCAUACUCAUCGAACACCCAACCGAAGGUCUCAUCCUCUACGAAACCGGGGGCGGAGAAGACUACCCCAACCUCGUCGGCACGCACGUCCAAGACGUCUUUUCACGAAUCGACUACGACAAGUCUAUGAACCUAGACGAGCAAAUCGCCUUGACCGGUCACAAGAUCGACGACGUGAAGAUGGUCAUCAUAGGUCACUUACACCUCGAUCAUUCUGGUGGCCUUGACCAUUUCAAAGGCAAAAACAUACCCGUCUACGUUCAUGAGCUCGAGCUCAAACAUGCCUUUUAUAGCGUUGCUACAAAGACUGAUCUCGGGGUUUACCUUCCCCACUACCUUACUUUCGACAUCAACUGGGUUCCUUUCCAUGGCCCGUACUACGAAAUCGCUCCCGGCAUAAACCUGCACCAUGCGCCUGGACACACACCCGGACUGACGAUCAUGCAGGUAAACUUGAAGGAGAGUGGGACCUGGAUUUUCACAAGUGAUCAGUAUCAUGUCAAAGAAAACUACCGGGAUAGCAUACCGCAGGGUUGGUUGGCACGGGAUCACGACGCGUGGGUUCGGAGUCAUCAGAUGAUCAAGGGAUUGCAAAAGAGAACGAGUGCGAAAGUGGUGCUAGGUCAUUGCUGGGAUACUAUUAAAGAGUUGGGCGUUGAAUUUGCGCCCAAGGCCUAUAAAUGA